AUGGGAUCCUGCCUCUCUUUCUCCUCAGGGCCCUCUCCAAAAACCAGAUUAUUCACACCCAUAACCUUCGGCCGCUCAACAUACGUACAAAUUGAAAAACAAGACGAUAUUUACAAAUUGUUGUUGUUGAACGAAGAAGAUUAUUAUUCAGACGAGGAGGAUGUGGGGUUAGUGCCAACGAGGAGAUAUAGGUUGAGUAGAGGGAGGUUAGAGAUGCAGCAGGAGGGUGAGGGAGAAGCGGAGGUAGAGGGGUAUGUUGAUGUGGAAGAAAGUGAGGUCCAGGGUGACGAUCAGGAAAAUACCCAUUUAAAUAAAACACUCCCAUCUCCUCCAGAAACAAGCGACGAACCGCCCUUUGAAGGUAUGGUCAAGGUAUGGAGCGAGAAGGGAGAAGGCAGGUGGAUGUGGCCGAGGGGAUUCGGCGUCCCGGUGGUGGUCAGUGAGGAUUAUUUGAGGUGGAGGGAGCAGAGGGAUGAGAGGGUUGGAGGAUCGAGGGGUUGA